UUUCAGUUUUCCCUUUCUCGCCUCCUCCUCCUUUCUUCGCUCCCCUUCCUCUCUCUGUUGUCCAUCAACCGUUUUCUUCCUCUUCUUCGUCUCCCAUUCGAUUGAACGCCAUUCUCCUCUGAGACGACGCGCAUUUCCCUUCUCCCUUCCCCUGUGCGGUGAAAAUGAACGAGACGGCCCCGGCGCCUUCGUCGCCGCUUCUGCACGCCCGGCGGGAGCCCUUCGAGUACGGUCUCCUCCCACUCUCCAAGCUCAUCUUCUCUGACGGUACCCAAACCCUAGCGCCGCUUCGUGACGAGCUCCUCCGUCGAUCCUCCCCAUCAGACGGCCCCCACGGUCCAUGCCGCGUUGACGCCACCGCGAUCAGCGAGGUGCUCCAGAUCUCUCCGGAGAACGCGAACCUCGUCCUCGACACCUUGGCCUCGGUCUUGCCUGAUCCCCUUGAUGGCAAGGCCGCUGAUCCGCUUACGACCGCCAAGGCUGCCGAGGUCGACGUGAUGGGCGCGAAUGUCUUCGACUUGAUCCUCUUCCUUUACAUUCAGUCAUACAAGAGACUUCUACCCAGGACGCACAAGGAUUCGGCGGCGGUGAACGACGUUUGGCCAUCGACCUCCGCGUUCGACGGAUACUUGUCCGUGCUUUCUCCCCUUCAGAUUGUGAGGUCCAACCGGCGGUUUAUGCCAUCACAGGCUGAUGAAGAGGUCCAUCAAUUAUCUUAUUUACAGAAACACUUGCCAAACAUACUUGCACUUUUGGGAGAGCCUGCUGAAGAAGAUGGUGAAGAAGUUCUGGUUUUAAGCUUGGAGAGGUUUGAGCACCUUGGCUUGCUCCUUCAAUUCGAGGAGAAUGGUUUGGAACUCUCUUUGAGCCAGGCUGCACCAUUUUUCGCGAAUUCAGAUCCAGAUAUGCCUGCUGUUCCUGUGCCUGCUGCCCAAGUUCAUGAAUGGAUUCUACAAAAUAUUUCUGCGUCUCUGGAACAUCCUGUUGAGAAACUUCCAAACAAAGACAACGGGCCCCUAAAUUCCACUGAUUCUGACAUUACUAUGACCGAUGCUUCAACUAAUCAACCCAAGGGCAUGCAAAAUUCACUUUUAGCUGGAGUAUCCAUGACUAACAUAUCUGCAUAUGCCAGAGGUCAGACAUUCAUUGAGGGUAUCUCUAAAACUUCAGUUGUAAAGCAAUCAAGCGACAUCAAAGGCCAUUCAGUCAAGGUUUUGAAUUGUCAUGAUUCUGUCAUUUACAUACUGUCUCCAUUAAGAUAUGUCAUUGUUAAUGGAUGUUCUGAUGCUACUGUUGUUCUUGGAGCCAUUGGUAAGGCUGUGAGAGUGGAGCACUGUGAGAGAGUACAAGUAAUUACAGCUGCUAGGCGUGUAUGCAUUGCCAAUUGCCGUGAAUGUGUUUUCUUCCUAGGUGUCAAUCAGCGACCUCUUAUCCUUGGGGAUAACCAUAAACUACAGGUGGCGCCAUACAAUACAUUUUAUUCUCAGUUGGAAGAACACAUGACUGAAGCUGGCAUCGUCUCAAGUAUUAACAGAUGGGACGAGCCUCUAACACUGGGAGUGAUUGAUCCACACGAUUCAUUAUCACAUCCAGCAGGGGUAUCAGAUGUUCAGGCUGAAGCCCCUGUAUGCCUUGACCCAUAUCAGUUCACAAAUUUCUUGAUUCCUAGAUGGUUUGAAGGUGAGUUGCCACAAUCUACAAAGCAAAAUCCGUUUCCACUGCCAGAUAUUUAUUUAGCAUCACAGAAGAAAAAGUUUCUUGUUCUGGAUGAUAUCAAACAAUCCUUAAGAAAUGCCCAACUUGAAGACAGCCGGAAAAGGGAGCUAGCAAAUGCCCUGCACGUGUACUUCAAGGAUUGGCUUUACUCUUCUGGAAAUAUUCGGCAGCUCUACUGUCUACAAGGAGAUUGAUGUGCAGGAAAUUGCGAAAGCUGGUUUUUGCUUGGGAGCUUGUAAAUUUAGCUUUUCAUUUCCUUCGAUCUUCUCACUUUUUUUGGUCUUAUAUUCAAGAUUGCUUUCGGUCUACACUUGUUUGUAAUAUUUCUGGACAUGUUUUGUCCUUGAGUUGUAUUGAUUGAUGAAGCAAAGGUUAUAGUGUCAAAAUCCAUGUUUCUUUGCUUACCUUACCUUAUAGUAGAAUCCAGAUGCUGGCAUGUUUACCUUAAGCCUUACUGUAAAUAUGUCUCUGGAUGAUGCAGGCAAUAAUAGCAUUAUUGCUGGGAAAAGCACUAAUUUGGGUCUUA